AUGGCAGAGACGUUCUUGAGUCCUGUCAUUGAGAAAUUGCUGGAGCUACUGAUUGAAGAGGCAAAAGCAUUGAAAGGAGUCCGGAAAGAAGUCGAGAGGCUAAAAGAUGAACUGGAGAUCAUCCAGCCUUUCCUUAGAGAUGCUGAGGCGAAAUUGGAGAAAGGGGAAGUGGGAGAUGCGACGAAAGUGUGGUUGAAACAAAUAAGAAAUCAAGCGGAGCGGAUUGAGAAUGUGGUUGAUGAGUACCUUUAUCAUGCUGAACAAAAUCGCUGUGAGGGUGGAUUUAUUACUUCUUUGCGCAAAGUCGGUCACUGCAUUAAAGCUUUGAGGCCGCGUUAUGACAUAGCUUCAGAGAUUGAAGAUAUUAAAGAGGUGCUGGGUGAAAUCAAGGAUAGAGGUAUUGGAUACGGAUUAAGACCUUUGGAACACGGAGCAAGGUGUAGAAUGACGAAUGUUGAAGGACAUGAUCCUCGCUUGAGAUCGCUUUUCAUGGAGGAAGAUGAAAUUAUUUGUAUCGAUGGCGCAUUCGAGGAACUUAUGAGAAGGAUGACGGCAGGACCAUCCUUGCGCUCAGUGACUUCGUUGGUAGGUCAAGGUGGAAUUGGCAAGACAACUCUUGCUAGAGUGGGGGAGAGAAUUGAUGAAGAUUGUACCAGGGAAGAACUAAUUAGUCUUUUGAAGAAACAUCUACAAACAAAGAGGUACGUGAUUGUUUUUGAUGACGUUUGGCAAAGAGAACUUUGGGAACUUAUGAAAUUUGCUUUGCCAAAUAAUGAUAAAGGCAGUAGGAUAAUUAUCACAACUCGUAAUGUUGGUAUUGCCGAUUAUUGCAAUGAAAACCGAUACGAUCUUGUCCAAGAGCUACAAACUUGGUCUUCAGAAAUGGCGUGGAAGCUAUUUUGCAAGAAGGCAUUUCGAAGUGGUGAGUUUGAGGGGUGUUCCCCCAAAGAGUUGGAGCAAUUGUCGCAUGCGAUUAUUAGAAAAUGCCAUGGCUUACCCCUUGCUAUUUCAACCAUAGCUGGUCUGUUGUCGACUACAGAGAAAGUCUCCUCUGAGUGGAGAAAUGUGCUCAAUAAUCUCAAUUCCGAAUAUGAAAAAACUGAUAUUCCAAAUAUCCUCUCCCUAAGUUAUCUUGAUCUACCUUACCACCUCAAACUUUGCUUCCUGUAUUUUGGCAUCUUUCCCGAGGACUUUCAAAUUCUUGAUGUAGUGUUAUAUAAUCUAUGGAUUGCUGAAGGUUUUGUUAAAGAAAGAAAGAACAUGACAUUAGAAGAUGUUGCUAAAGAAUACUUAAAUGAGCUCAUCCAAAGAAACCUGGUUUUGUUUGACAUAGAAUUUGGAGUAAUAAGAGCAUGUAAAGUCCGUGAUUUGAUGCAUGAUAGCAUCUUAACGAGAGCUGGUGAAUUGUGCUCCUGUCAAACUUUAAAUCAAAGUAAGUCCAGUCUUGGAGAAAAGAGCCAUCGUGUUUCAAUUCAUGACACUACGGAAAAUGUUUUGGAAAGAGUUCGAGAUUCUGGGAUUCGGUCUGUAUUUCUUUUCAAUGUUAAGGAAUGUACCAAGUCUUUCUUAGUGGAUUUGUUUGAAAAUUUUAAACUCUUGAAAGUAUUGGAAUUUCAAGAUUCUCCUCUCAGUAGUCUCCCAAGAGAGGUAGGAAAUUUGUUCCACUUGAAGUACCUUUGUUUAGGAGGUACAGAGGUGAAAGUGCUUCCAAAGUCCAUUGGUAAGUUACGCAAUCUACAAACGUUGGAUGUUCAAAAUACCUUAGUGCGGGAGCUACCGGUUGAGGUUAAUAAACUAAGGAAUUUGCGACACCUCCUUGCUAAUUCAUUUGAUGAGAAAAUUCCAUACAGUUUGGAGACAUAUUGUGGCGUGAGGAUUCGGGAAGGGAUCGGAAGGUUGGAGGAGUUACAAACACUAACGAGUGUGGAAGCAUACUCCGACAAAGUUGAAAUGGGCAUGGCUUUUGGACUCUCCAUUGAGAAGCUGAAGCACCUUGAGGUGUUAUAUUUGAACUCCAUCAAUGAGGAUGAAGUUUUAGAUUUAAAAUACAUUUCAUCUCCUCCGCCACUUUUACGUUAUCUAGAGCUGAAUUGUCGACUACAACAGUUGCCAAAGUGGAUUUCAGAGAUUCAUAAUCUACAGGGAUUACAGUUAAAUUUCUCGAGAUUAAUCGACGAGCCACUACAAUACCUCAAAGGUUUGCCCAACUUGGCAUUCCUUGACAUGUAUCAGACAUAUGAAGGAGAUGAAUUGCAUUUUGAGGAAGACGGUUUCCAGAAACUCAAGCAACUUAAAUUAUGCAAGUUGGGAGGUUUAAAGAUGGUUAAAAUAGACAGAAAAGCAUUGCCUCUUUUAGAAAAGUUCGACUUUGGGCCUUGUCCACUGAUGAAGCAGGUGCCUUCCGAUAUUCAGCACCUAACAAACCUCAAAUCUCUUGGAAUUUAUGACAUGCCAAGGGAAUUUGUGGUUUGUUUGCAACCGGAUGGAGGCGCUGAUUACUGUCAAAUUCGGCAUGUACCUUCCGUCACCUUCCAUUAUUACAGGCAAAAAAGAUGGAGUUUUGACGACUACAAUCUCGGUAGCUCUGACUUGUUGAAGCUUCUGCAAGAGCAAGUCAGUUAA